AUGUCGGGCUCAGCCUUGCUUGCAAAGUUCAUCAUGCAGUACCUUCCGAGCUGCUCAUGCGGCAACGAAGAAGACAUCGGAGUGACAAAGGAGAGUCUCCCCACCAAGGAGAAUGACUCGACCCGAAGGGCCGUAUCGAUCAACGAGUUCUUUACCAUGAGUGAGAUGCAGUACAUGGGCCGGUGGGCAGACGAAGUGCGUGUGAUCUUCGACGGGACCCUUCCGCCCUCCAUGCACGGGAAGUCGAUGCUCGAGAAUGGCGUGCCCAUAGCGCUGGUGAACCCGGCAGCACCUGACCCCAAGUAUGUGAUCAUCCACGAGAUCAUGCACCACCACAUGGACAACCUGGGAUGCCCGAGCUUGCUGGUGAGUGUCGUUGAAGAGCCGCCGGAAUCUUCUUGGCUGCGGGCCGUCAGCUUCAAGGUGUUCACCAACGGGAUCCUGGUGCAACUGUGGGAACUAAUCCAGCACUCCCGCUUCAACGUCAUGUGCGGGCCGGAGAGUGCGCGCGACCGACAGUACAUCCGCUACAUGGAACAAGGAAAGUUGCACUCGUACGGGCUAGAGAAAACAGGCAACACGCAAGCUCGUAAUCUGGAUAUAGCUGUGCACUUGGCGGUGAUAUGGAUGGAGGGAUCGGAUGACGUGAAGCAGAGAGUGAUCGAUUUCAUCCUCCGCACAUACAAGGAUGGGAGCGAUAUUCUUCGGUUGGGGGAGAGCAUCGUCUGUUGCAUACAACCCGAGGAUGUAGACUUCUUUUGCAUGGACAAGAAUGAGGCGCGCAGAGUCUUUUCAGACAUGGUAAAGGAGAUGGAGAAAAUUUUGCGAAUAAUCGACACCAAGAUGCACGUGUACGUCGGCGACAUCGCGGUGAUGUUCUCGAGUCAGCCUCUCGACGUCAACAUGCUGAAUCAAGCAGGAAAUGUUUAA